AAUAUGCAGAGAAAAGCGGAGCAGAAAACCCUGAUCUCCUGAGGUCAACUAAAUUAAGAAAACAGGUUGCCACACUCUGCCAACUGCUGGAUCUGAGUGAACAAGAGCUAGAACAAGUUGCAAGGUUCAUGGGGCAUGACAUCAGAGUCCACCGUGACUUUUACAGACAGACAGACAAAACAUUUCAAAUUGCCAAGAUAAGCAAGCUUCUAUUUGCAAUGGAACAAGGCGCUUCCACCUUCAAGGGAAAGAACCUUGAUACAAUUGAUCCUUCUGUCUGUGGUAAAUGUCCCACGUCGACUUCUGAGAGUGUCCCACAGAGAGAAAGGAAACAAGUUAACGAGGUGGAUGAAGAUGGAGGUUCUGACCUCUUCUCCCCCAAAAGGAGACUGGAGCCCCUCAGUGAGGAUGAGAGUUCAGGUGUAGGUGAUCAGAGUCCAGAAAAAAACUUAGUGAAGAGGCCCUCACAGAAGAAGAAAAGACGUAAAAAGUCCAAAAGAGUGGAAGCAAUGGAUGGAGGUUCUGACCUCUUCUCCCCCAAAAGGAGACUGGAGCCCCUCAGUGAGGAUGAGAGUUCAGGUGUAGGUGAUCAGAGUCCAGAAAAAAACUUAGUGAAGAGGCCCUCACAGAAGAAGAAAAGACGUAAAAAGUCCAAAACAGUGGAAGAAAUGGAUGGAGGUUCUGACCUCUUCUCCCCCAAAAGGAGACUGGAGCCCCUCAGUGAGGAUGAGAGUUCAGGUGUAGGUGAUCAGAGUCCAGGAAAAAGCCUGGUGCUGAGGCCCUCACAGAAGAAGAAAAGAUGUAAAAAGUCCAAAACAGUGGAAGCAAUGGAUGGAGGUUCUGACCUCUUCUCCCCCAAAAGGAGACUGGAGCCCCUCAGUGAGGAUGGGAGUUCAGGUGUAGAUGAUCAGAGUCCAGGAAAAAGCCUGGUGCUGAGGCCCUCACAGAAGAAGAAAAGAUGUAAAAAGUCCAAAACAGUGAAAGCAAUGGUGCCACCCACAGUAAAGGUGAAGAGACCAUGGAGUGAAGCAGAGAGGAGUGCGGUAAACAAACACAUGGCAAAGUUUAUUGCAGAGCGCCGCGUUCCAGGUAAAGAACACUGCAUGCGAUGCAUAAAAGAGGAGGAAGCCUUGAGUCAAAGAUCAUGGAAGGAUGUAAAGAACUUUGUGUACAACACAAAUGUCACAUUAAACCGGAGGAGUGCUACAAGGCAGCUUCACUUUUGACAAUCUUUAUUGUGCAAUAUAAUGUUAUGUUCUAGUUGAUGUCUGCUGCAGUUCUUUUGAUGCUUUGUGCAGUAGUGUUCAAGUGGUGUUUCAAAACCUAGAAAUAAGGGUUGGGCAUCGUUUGGAUAUUAACGAUUCUGAUUCCGAUUCUUCCUUCUG